AUGGAGACGCACAUCAUUCAAGCACAGGAAGCCACGCAGCGCCUCCGGCGGCAGCUGGCCAUCCACCCGCCGAUGUUAGACACUGUCUCAGAACAGCUCGGCCUGCUGCGGCGACAUCACAAGGAACUGAAGGAUUGGACCCUGGAGUGCAUGGCCAAGUCUCUUCUGGAGCUGGGCCGCUCCAAACAUUCCGCGGCCUGGGAACAAGCAGCCAGCAGACCGGAAAUUUCCUCCUUGAAAUCGCAGCUGAAUGUCCUUAAAGAGGAAAACGGGCAGCUUAAGUCCCAGCUCGCUUCGGCGCAGGACCGGGAGCGUGAGGUGCAGCAGAUGAUCGAGCGUGCCAAAAGCCGAAACGGGAGGCUCCUGCUGGAAGUGGCGGACAUGAGGCAAACGGCGGAAGAUCAGACACGUCUGAAGCAGCUGGUAGAGCACCUGAGCAGCGAGCUGAGCAGUGCAACAGAUCGUGCAACUGAUGCUGAGAUGGAGUGCGAAUCGCUGCGGAAGGAGCUCGCAAGAUCUGGACAAAGACAGUCAAGACAGUCCUCUGAUCCAGGCAGUGAUGAUGGCAAUUCGGAAGAGCUGGCCCAACGCCUCAUGGAGAUGCAAGAGGCAUUGGAAGCUGCAAGGGACCGCGCGACGGAUGCCGAGAUGGAGUGCGAGGCGUUACGUAAGCAACUGGAGCAAGUGCGAAGCCUACGCUCAACUGGAGAGAACGAAGGUGAUGACGAUUCACACCUGUUUGAGAAGCUGGGAGACUUGCAAGACCAGCUAGAGAGAGCCAGGGAUCGUGCCACUGAUGCUGAGAUGGAGUGCGAAUCGCUGCGGAAGGAGCUCGCAAGAUCUGGACAAAGACAGUCAAGACAGUCCUCUAAUCCAGGCAGUGAUGAUGGCAAUUCGGAAGAGCUGGCCCAACGCCUCAUGGAAAUGCAAGAGGCAUUGGACGCUGCAAGAGACCGCACGACGGAUGCCGAGAUGGAGUGUGAGGCUUUACGUAAACAACUGGAGCAAGUGCGAAGCCUACGCUCAACUGGAGAGAACGAAGGUGAUGACGAUUCACACCUGUUUGAGAAGCUGGGAGACUUGCAAGACCAGCUAGAGAGAGCCAGGGAUCGUGCCACUGAUGCUGAGAUGGAGUGCGAAUCGCUGCGGAAGGAGCUCGCAAGAUCUGGACAAAGACAGUCAAGACAGUCCUCGGAUCCAGGCAGUGAUGAUGGCAAUUCGGAAGAGCUGGCCCAACGCCUCAUGGAGAUGCAAGAGGCAUUGGAAGCUGCAAGAGACCGCACGACGGAUGCCGAGAUGGAGUGCGAGGCGUUACGUAAGCAACUGGAGCAAGUGCGAAGCCUACGCUCAACUGGAGAGAACGAAGGUGAUGACGAUUCACACCUGUUUGAGAAGCUGGGAGACUUGCAAGACCAGCUAGAGAGAGCCAGGGAUCGUGCCACUGAUGCUGAGAUGGAGUGCGAAUCGCUGCGGAAGGAGCUCGCAAGAUCUGGACAAAGACAGUCAAGACAGUCCUCUGAUCCAGGCAGUGAUGAUGGCAAUUCGGAAGAGCUGGCCAAACGCCUCAUGGAGAUGCAAGAGGCAUUGGAAGCUGCAAGAGACCGCACGACGGAUGCCGAGAUGGAGUGCGAGGCGUUACGUAAGCAACUGGAGCAAGUGCGAAGCCUACGCUCAACUGGAGAGAACGAAGGUGAUGACGAUUCACACCUGUUUGAGAAGCUGGGAGACUUGCAAGACCAGCUAGAGAGAGCCAGGGAUCGUGCCACUGAUGCUGAGAUGGAGUGCGAAUCGCUGCAGAAGGAGCUCGCAAGAUCUGGACCAAGACAGUCAAGACAGUCCUCUGAUCCAGGCAGUGAUGAUGGCAAUUCGGAAGAGCUGGCCCAACGCCUCAUGGAGAUGCAAGAGGCAUUGGACGCUGCAAGGGACCGCGCGACGGAUGCCGAGAUGGAGUGUGAGACUUUACGUAAGCAGCUCCGCUCAGCGCCGGGACACAAUGCAGAAAGCACGGUGUUGCAAGAUGGCAAAACACUGCGCGAGCUGGAGCUCGAAAGGCAGAUUGCAGAUCUCAUGGCCGAUUUGAAGCGCACGCCUAAGUCCAAAGACCCUGCGUGA